AUGAGUCACCUUUCCUUUGUAUUGGACGAAGCAGCAUCUGAAAUCAAACUUUUCUAUCUCUGUCACUAUCUAUCUGAUGAUAUUUCUUUAAUUUAUAAAUCGAACCAUUACCCUUUUUCUGUAUUCGUUUCUUUCUUCUUACUUUUAAAAAUGUUCUCAUACUUUUUCUCAGCAUCUUCCUUAAACGUUUUUCUUUCUUUCUUUCUUUCUUUCUUUCUUUCUUUCUUUCUUUCUUAUUUACGUUACUUUUUCUUUUUCGGUUUCAUUCUUUCUUGUUUUCUUUCUUUUUUUCUUUCUUCUUUCUUUCUUUCUUACGUUUAUUUUUCUUUUUCGGUUUCAUUCUUUCUUCCUUUCUUUCUUUCUUUCUUUCUUUCUUACGUUUAUUUUUCUUUUUCGGUUUCAUUCUUUCUUUCUUUCUUUCUUUCUUUCUUUCUUUCUUUCUUCCUUUCUUUCUUAUUUACGUUACUUUUUCUUUUUCGGUUUCAUUCUUUCUUGUUUUCUUUCUUUUUUCUUUCUUCUUUCUUUCUUUCUUACGUUUAUUUUUCUUUUUCGGUUUCAUUCUUUCUGCCUUUCUUUCUUUCUUUCUUUCUUACGUUUAUUUUUCUUUUUCGGUUUCAUUCUUUCUUUCUUUCUUUCUUUCUUUCUUUCUUCCUUUCUUUCUUUCUUAUUUACGUUACUUUUUCUUUUUCGGUUUCAUUCUUUCUUGUUUUCUUUCUUUUUUUCUUUCUUCUUUCUUUCUUUCUUACGUUUAUUUUUCUUUUUCGGUUUCAUUCUUUCUUUCUUUCUUUCUUUCUUCCUUUCUUUCUUUCUUUCUUUCUUAUUUACGUUACUUUUUCUUUUUCGGUUUCAUUCUUUCUUGUUUUCUUUCUUUUUUUCUUUCUUUCUUUCUUACGUUUAUUUUUCUUUUUCGGUUUCAUUCUUUCUUCCUUUCUUUCUUUCUUUCUUUCUUUCUUACGUUUAUUUUUCUUUUUCGGUUUCAUUCUUUCUUCCUUCCUUUCUUUCUUUCUUUCUUUCUUUCUUUCUUUCUUUCUUUCUUUCUUUCUUUCUUUCUUACAUUAUUUUACUUUUUCUUUCUCUGUGUCUGUCUUUUCACCUCCCUUUCUAUUUAAUUUAUUCUUUCUUUUUCUUUCCUUUUCCAUAUCCAUCCAUCUCUCUCCCGUCUCUCUCGUUCUCUGUUCCAUUACUUACCACUAUCUAUCUAUCUAUCUAUCUAUCUAUCUAUCUAUCUAUCUAUCUAUCUAUCUAUCUAUGAACUUCCCCGUGCAGUCAACCAGAGCAUGCAGAGAGCGUGCCUCAUGGAACAUGCUUCUGCUUAUCGUGGCCAAUUUCUCUGUUUUCCCCGCCAUUACUGAUGUCAAAUGGUCGCCUCGUACCCAGUGUUAA